AGGUUUAUUUGAACUCUUUUCCUCUCAUUUCGCUUGACGUUUGCAGUACGGGAGGCCUCCACAGGAGACAAUUGGGGUGCGGCAUUUGGAGAACACAACGAAGAGUAGGCAACACGACAUGACCGAUCACGGCAGCGCACUGGUCGUGUGGGGCAGCACCGGACGCCGCCUACAGUUUUCCCGACAAGACCUCAGGAUGCCCGCGGACCUGCGAGAUAGCCCACAUUUCCACUUCUACGAAAAGCAGUGGGACGCCGUGGCCGGCUUUUGGUUUAACCGCGUGCUGAAGGAGUCGUCCCUGCAGCAUCUCACGGUAGAUCGAAUCGUGGAGCUCAUACGUGAGGACAUCGCCAAACGGUGGGAGAAGCGGCGGCGGGAGCAGAGCCUGCACAAAAAGUGCACGCGUCUUCUUCAAGGCAACGGACCCGCUGGGGCCCCGGUCCACACCAUUCUCCUCACCAACGUCGUCGCGCUAGACUCCUACGCAGCAUCGACCGAGGACGAGAAGAAGGAACUCCUGCGAGCCGUGGUGGAGCGGGUGGAGUUUGUGAGUAAGGACACAGUGUCGUCGUGGAAGGUACUCGUGGACGACGCAGCGGCACGCGCGGAGGCGUCAGAGGAGGGUGCGCCGCUCUUGAAAAAGAGUAGAAGUGAAGGAGACAAUGGAGAGAUGUCCGCGGAGGCCCCAGCGAACGGCGCGCCGGCGGCGGUGUUUGACGAUCGCGUUGCGGUGAUCUGCGCGCUUUCGAGCAAGGCGAAAGCGGCGUUGGCGAUUGCACACCUGCACGGCAGUAAGCUUGAUGGACGGGCCGUUUUGUGCCGUUUCUGGGGGCAGUCGUGA